AACGACGCGGAAGUUGCCUGACCCGUUCAGGCACUUUUUAACAUUUCUCCCGUUUGGGCAUGCCCCCGCGAAGGCGCUUUCUCGCGAGUGAUAUUUCUUUAAAGAGUUCUCCUUUUUUGCGCAAAACUGUGAGAUAAUUCCGCAGUAGGAAUAGAGCUUCCCCGCUCGCAAUAGGCACAAACGUAAAGAACAAAAGGCGAACGUGUGUAGAGGGGGCGCCGAUUACUCUCGCAACUGCAGCUUCCUAUCUUACCAUGUAGUCCCCCUCCACACACACUCCCCCCUCCAAAAGGACGUCGAACCAAAUGCGACCAUGUUCAACAUAUAUACUCGCGGAUUCUCCAAGAAGGCCGGUUGGUCGUGGAUAAAAAACAGGAGGGGAAGGAAAAAAAUACUUUCAUUUGCAUACCCGCCGAAGGAAAGAAGCAGCAUCGUGAAGCUGACGGACGAAAGUGACAAGCUAGUGUUCGUAUGCAACGGAAAAUUAAGAAACUCCUUCAUGACAACGGUGAAAAGUAUGAAAGAAACAAAAUGUGUAGUGAAGAACGACACCAUUUGCACGCCAUGUUUGGUGGUAUCAAAGGCGAAGUGCCACACCCUACUGGAGAGCUUCACCUACGAUGAGAUUCUUCACUUGGAAAAAUUGGCACCCCGCAUUUUGCAAGCGUUUGAAGAGGCGCAAAGCAGGGUACAGCAAGAUGGGCAAAACAGAGUGCUCAGUAAGCACGAAGCGGUGAAGUUUAGGCUGGUCGAGUAGCGUCAUCCUGGAGGGCCCCAUGGCGAGGGUGUGGGGGGGACACUCUUACGCAUGUUUAUGUCAAGGGGGGGGGUGCACAGGGAAAGUCCUCCA